AUGGAAUUACUCAAAUUGUAGAUUUAUCGUCCAAUACUAAAGAAUAUUCUCAAGAAAAAUCUUUUCAAUCCGAUCGUGAUAAUGAUAUAGAAGUUGAUGAUCUACUGAGAACUGUAACCAGUCGUAACUUCAAUUCUCAAGUGAAGAAAAUAGUUCGGCAUUCUGUCGACAAUCAAGACUACGAAUCAAAAGUUUUAAUAUGA